AUGAGGAGUUGGGAGUUGCGGCAACUCGAGGUCUUUGGCAAGCGUGAUUGUCCUUCCUAUCUUGAGGUUUUUGGGAAGCUGAUCGUCAACCUGUGUUGUAGGCUGCCCCUCGCCAUAGUGAUCAUUGCGGGUAUUCUAGUGAAAAGAUUCUCAUCGUCUGAUAAUAUCAGCGUGAAAAGGAAUGCAUGGGAAAAGGUAUCGGAGAAUGUGCACAGUUAUCUCACGGAGGAGGACGGAUUACGAGAUCCCUGUGUGGAGGAGAUUGCGGAGAGCUAUCUCGAGCAGCUCAUCAGCUGGAAUUUAAUUAGGGUCGAAAAGAGGAAGCCCACUGGCAAGGUCAAGACGUGUCUCAUCCACGAGUUCUAUAAAUAG